AUGAAAAGUCAUCUACUUUCCUUCAAAUAUAUAUUGUUUGUUAUAUUAUCGACUUUAUCAAUAUGUAAAGCCGAUUUUACUCCAAAUUUCCGCAAAUUCCUGCACGACACUUAUGGAGUGGCGAUCCAGGAAAUGCUUGAAAGGACUGAUCUGGGAUUAGACGCGUCUUUCGGAGGAAAGAUGACAGUUGAUGAAGCGAUCACAAACGAUCCUGUUAUCAUCGUUCAUGGAAUCACCAACAAGAUCACUCGUUUUGAGGGUAUGAGACAAUUCCUUAUAAGCAAAGGCUAUAAGAGCUCUGAGGUCUAUGGAACCACUUGGGGAGAUGCUGGAGCAACCCCUGUAGGACUAGUUGACUUGAAAUGCUCAUAUGUGAAACAGCUGAGAGCGCUUAUCAUUGCCGUCAGCCAAUAUACGGGUAAACAAGUUGAUAUUAUAGCUUAUUCGAUGGGCGCUCCACUAGCCCGCAAGGCUAUUCUGGGAGGAAAUUGUGUUGAUACAAGAGAAAUUCUAGGAACUCCUAUCACACAGCUUAUUGAUACAUUCCUAUCAGUUGCUGGUGCGAACUAUGGAAGUGCUUUAUGUUUGGUAGCUCUACCUGUGGGUACAUGCAAUAGAAAAACAGGAUUACACUGUGAUUCUGAAUAUCUACAAGAUAUAAAUGCUAAUGAGGGAUAUGAGGGAACUUUCGUUUUCAGUGUUUUCUCAACAGCUGAUGAGAAGGUGGGUUUCCGUGCAUGUGGAAAACCUGUUGCUCCGAUUCGUGGAGGUACUGGAUAUGUCAAGAAAGAUGGAUUAACGCAUGACCAGCUUAUGGAUAGCACAUUACAAUUACAAAAGAAUUUCAUUGUAAGGCAUUCGCCCAAGUAG